AUGGGUACCCAUAGUUAUCCCGUGGCCAAGCGACACCCCAACAGCGUUUUGGAAGGUUUUUAUGCUCUGCAUGAUGAACUCGGUUGCGGAGGCUUCGGAAAGGUCCGUUUGGCUACUCACCUCGCGACGCAGCAAAAAGUGGCGAUUAAAAUAAUUGACAAGAAAGCUAUCGGGGACGACUUGCCACGCGUGCGUACUGAACUGGAGGCCCUCAAGACGCUCUGCCAUCAAAAUAUCUGCCGUCUAUAUCAUUCCAUCGAAACGGAUGACAAGUUUUUCAUUGUGAUGGAGUAUUGCGCUGGCGGGGAGAUGUUCGACUAUAUUGUAAAAAAGGAACGACUAGAAGAAAGCGAGGCCCGACAUUUCUUCCGUCAGCUGGUCCAAGGAAUGGCUUAUAUUCAUUCUCAAGGAUUUGCGCAUCGUGAUCUAAAGCCGGAAAAUCUGCUCCUUACCGAAGACUUGCAUCUGAAAGUAAUAGAUUUUGGACUGUGCGCACGUCCCGGCUCGAUGAACAAGAUGCUUGAAACUUGCUGUGGCUCACCGGCUUAUGCGGCCCCAGAACUCGUCCUGGGACAACCGUAUAUGGGAAAUGAAGCGGAUGUCUGGUCAAUGGGAGUACUCUUAUAUGCCCUUCUUUGUGGAAGACUACCGUUUGAGGACGACAAUGUGCAAGUUUUGUACAGAAGAGUUGCGAAAGGUGCCUACGAAGAGCCCGACUUCCUGAGUAAGGGUAGCAAAGAAAUACUUCGCGAGAUGUUGCAAACCGACCCCAGCAAGCGAAUCACGAUUCCUAAUCUAUUGAUUCAUCCCUGGAUGAACCGAAAUUUCACGAAUCCAAUCAAGUGGAAAUCUAUUUAUAACUGGGAGGUUAUUGAUACGGAAGUUGCUGCUGAAAUGGCCUUUUACUAUAAGAAGAAGCCAGACCAGAUGAUCGAAUUGAUAAAGGAAUGGAAAUUCGACUAUAUGACGGCAACUUACUUCAUAUUGCUUCGACUAAAGACUCGUCGCCAAACGUUUGCUAUGCCACCUCCACCACGAAUCAAGGGAGACUUCCCGAAUAUUAUUACAUCCCCAACCAUCCAUGCUUCUCUGGAGCACUGCCUCGACAAGUCAGGGAUCGAGGAGCAGCUGGCCGGCAUGUCGAUUAGGGAUAGUGCUUCUGAUGAUAGCAAUGGAUAUUCGCGCUUUGUCAAACCUUUGGCGCCUCUGAAUCACAAGGAAUCGUACGCCAAUGCUAUGAUGAGUAUGGACGCGAUGAUCGGCGAAAACGGCAAGCCAGAACCAUCCAGCACCCCAAGACCAAGAAUUGUGCCUCGGACUUCAGCACAGCACUCUGGCAACAAAGAGAAUUGCAAUUCGACGGAGCAGCCUCGCAAGCCAAGGACCGGUCAAAGAGCUUGUCGCGCCUCUUCUCUCCGCGUCCGUGGCCCGGCCACCAAGGAAAAGGAGAAUACGAGUGGUGGUACGCUGGCAGCUCAAUAUCGUCAGGUCUACGCGACACCUCAGCGUAACUCUCAAGAUACGCCCACCUCAACACCUCGGGCCCAUUCGACCGAUCGGGGGGCUACUGGAUCUCCCGUGUCAACCGGGGGCUCAUACAAUGAUGGCCGUACGCCCCGUUCAACCACAAAAUCUCGUGCUUUGCGAACGCGCGUCUUUGCUUCGUUGGAGCGUAAGGCCGAUCGUGUUUUUAACAUGCUGACGCCGAAGAAAUCAAAGAACGACUCUCCGCAGAUUCUGAAGAAUACUAAGGGAUUGGUGAAUGUCUCCAUUACCUCCUCGAAAGAGCCCAAUCGCGUUCGCAACGAGCUCGAAAAGAUCUUUGAGCAGCAGGGAAUGAAGUACGAGCUCAAAGGGUGGAAAAUCUCCGGCAGCAAGCAAACGGGUACGCAAAAGAUGACUGUCGAGCUCGAGGUUGUGAUCGUCGAAUCUCUCGGAUACGUGGGCAUCAAGCGCAAACGCUUGAAUGGCGACGCUUUCCUCUACAAACGGGUGUGCGAGCAGGUCCUGCAAAUGGCUGGUCUC